AUGGAGUCCUCGUGGCUGGAGACGCACUGGGCGCGGCCCUUCUACCUGGCGUUCUCGUUCUGCCUGGCCCUGGGGCUGCUGCAGGCCGCCAAGCUCUACCUGCGGAGGCAGCGGCUGCUGCGGGACCUGCGCGACUUCCCCACGCCCCCCGUCCACUGGUACCACGGGCACCAGAAGGUUUUUCACAAUGAUAAUUUUGAUAAGAUUGGGGAAAUUAUUGAGAAAUACCCUCGUGCCUUCCCUUGCUGGAUUGGGCGCUUCCAAGCCUUCUUCUUUAUCUAUGACCCGGACUACGCCAAGACAUUUCUGAGCAGAACAGAUCCCAAGUCUCAGUAUUUGUACAAGUUCAUAAUUCCGACCCUUGGGAAAGGACUGAUAAAUCUAGAAGGGCCCAAGUGGUUCCAGCACCGUCGCCUCCUAACUCCUGGAUUCCAUUUUAACGUCCUGAAAACGUAUGUUGACAUCAUGAUCUGUUCUGUGAACAUAAUGCUGGAUAAAUGGGAAAAGCUUUGUAGCACUCAGGACACAUCUAUCGAGGUUGCUGACCACAUCAACUUGAUGGCCCUGGACAUAAUCAUGAAAUGCGCUUUCAGCCAGGAGACCAACUGCCAGAUAAACAGCACCCAUGAUGUUUAUGUAAAAGCCACGUUUGAACUCAGCAGAAUUAUAUAUCAGCGCGUAUAUAAUUUCUUGUAUCACCACGACAUGAUUUUCAAACUCAGCCCUCUCAGCCGCCGCUUUGAGAAGUUAAACCAAGUGACCCGUCGCUACACAGAAAAUAUAAUCCAGGAGAGAAAGAAAUCCAUCAGGGCUGGGACGAAUCAGGAUAAUAUUCAGAAGAGGAAGUACCAGGAUUUUCUGGAUAUUGUCCUUUCUGCCCAGGCUAAAGAUGGAGAGAUCUUCUCAGAUAUUGACGUCCAAUCCGAGGUGAAAACGUUCAUGUUCGCAGGACACGACACCACCGCUUCCAGCCUCACCUGGCUCCUCUACUGCCUGGCUCAGCACCCUGAGCAUCAGGACAGAUGCCGGGAGGAGAUCAGGGCCAUCCUUGGGGAUGGGUCCUCCAUCAGCUGGGACCAGCUAGCUGAGAUGUCAUAUACCACGAUGUGCAUCAAGGAGAUGUUCCGCUUCAUCUCUCCAAUUCCAACCAUUUCCAGAGAACUCAGCCAGCCCCUCACUUUCCCAGAUGGAUGCUCGCUGCCUGCAGGAAUGAACGUGUUUCUCAGUAUUUGGGGUCUUCACCACAACCCGACUGUCUGGAAAAACCCAAAGGUCUUUGACCCCUUGAGGUUCUCUCCAGAGAAUUCUGAUCAGAGACAUCCCCAUGCCUUUUUACCCUUCUCAGCUGGACCAAGGAACUGCAUCGGCCAGCAGUUUGCCAUGGUUGAGUUAAAGGUGGCCAUUGCCUUGAUUCUCCUCCGCUUCGAAGUGUCUCUGGACCCCACCAAACCUGUUGCCUUCAUGAACUGUGUUGUUCUCAAACCCAAGCAUGGGCUCUAUUUACAUCUGAAGAAACUCCCUGAAUGUUAGAUCUCGGGAUACAAUGAUUAAAUAAAUAUGUUAUGUUUUUAAGUUGAAUUUAAAGUUCAUGGUCCAAGUAAAUGGAAAGGAAUCCGAGUAUGGUGGGAAGGUUAGAGAGAGGAGAGAGAAAGGUCUCUGUGAAGGUAUACACUAUCCACAAGACUUCCAGACAACACAGGAUAGUUCCUUGAUCUGUUUCUAUAUGAUUUGAGGAGAUUUUCAUAUUUUUUCUGCUUGAUUUUGCCUACUAUUAAUGUUCUAUAUCAAGCACUUUGCUAAGUGAUUUCCAUAUAUUUUCUGUUGUUCUUAAAAAUAGUUUUCA